GCCAGCGCUGCCCGCUACCGCUACGACAUAACGGCAGCUCCCCUCCGAAUUCCAAGAGGAACAACACAACAUCUUCACCACUUGAGGCCACUUUGUUCUGUCUGACGGAAUGCCUCUUUUAGUUCCAGCCACUCCUUGAAGAGUCUCCUGUUUGUCCUCUUGUUUACAACACCCACUCGACACCGCAUAACGAUCGAGAACCCCCACCGCAUACACAACACACAACACAACGCCCACCAUGGCGCGGGUGUCAACACUAUCACCCUUGAGGAUAUUCCUCUCCGCCAUCUUCCUCUUUUCCGCCCAUGUCUUCGCCGCCUCGGCCGUCCUGGGUGUUGACUUGGGCACCGAAUACAUCAAGGCCGCCCUCGUCAAGCCUGGCAUCCCUCUCGAAAUCGUCCUGACCAAAGACUCCCGUCGCAAAGAAACCUCCGCCGUCGCCUUCAAGCCCUCUUCCAAUGGCCCCAAGAAGGGCGCCUAUCCCGAGCGCGAGUAUGGCUCCGACGCUAUGGCCAUCGCCCCCCGAAUCCCCGGCGACGUUUACCCGAACCUCAAGGCCAUCCUCGGCCUCCCCGCUGGCAGCGCCGAAGUUAGAGAAUACGCCGAGAGGCACCCUUCCCUGAGACUGGAGGCGCACAAGACAAAGGGAACUUCGGCCUUCAAGAGCGCCGCUUUCACUGAAGAGGAGGAGGCUUGGCUGGUCGAGGAGUUGUUGGCCAUGGAGCUUCAGAGCGUUCGCGCCAACGCCGAGUCUCUCGCUGGUCCUUCUAGCUCUGUGCGCUCCGUCGUCAUCACCGUCCCGCCCUUCUACACCAUCCAGGAGAAGCGCGCCGUCGAGCUGUCUGCCGAAUUGGCCGGCCUCAAGGUCCUCUCUCUUAUCUCUGACGGUCUCGCUGUCGGCCUCAACUAUGCCACCAGCCGCCAGUUCCCUAACGUUAACAAGGGCGAGAGGGCCGAGCACCACCUGAUCUUCGACAUGGGCGCCGGCUCUACCAAGGCCACCGUUCUCCAGAUGCAGUCGCGCACCGUCAAAGACGUCGGCAAGUUCAACAAGACUAUUCAGGAGGUUUCCGUCCUCGGCAGCGGCUGGGACCGUACUCUCGGCGGCGACGCCCUCAACUAUCUUAUCGUCGACGACAUGAUCCGCCAAUUCGUUGAGUCGCCCAAGGCGCAAAAGGCCGGCGUCACCCUCGAGGCCGUCAAGUCCCACGGCCGCACCAUCGCCAAGCUUACCAAGGAGGCCGAGCGCCUGAGACACGUUCUCUCCGCUAACCAGAACACCCAGGCUUCCUUUGAGGGCUUGUACGACGAUGUCGACUUCAAGUACAAGAUUACCCGCGCCGAGUUUGAAGAGAUGGCUGCCACUCACGCCCAGCGCGUCAGCGUCGCGAUUAACAAUGCCCUUACCAUGGCCGGUCUGCAAAUCAAGAAUCUCGACUCCGUUAUCCUCCACGGCGGCGCCUCGCGCACUCCGUUCGUCCAGAAGGAGCUUGAGAAGGUCCUGGGAGGAGCCGACAAGAUCCGCACCAACGUCAACUCAGACGAAGCCGCCGUUUUUGGUGCUGGUUUCCGCGCUGCUGAGCUUUCGCCCAGCUUCAGGGUGAAGGAGAUCAAGAUCGCCGAUAUUGCUUCUUAUCCCGCCGGAAUGAGGUGGAAGAAUGACGAGGGAAAGCCCAAGCACCAGCGUCUGUGGACCGCCACCUCGCAGUUGGGAGCGCCCGCGAAGGAGGUCACCUUCAACAAUGUCCAGGACUUGUCCGUCAACUUCUACCAGUUGGUGGAUGGUGUGGAAGUUGAUACCACGGUUUUCACCACCAAGAACUUGACUGCCUCCGUGGAGGCGUUGGUGGAGAAGCACAAGUGUGAAAAGGCCGACAUCAAGUUCAAGGUUGGCGUUCGUCUUCUCAGCGAGAACGGCGAGGUUGACGUUACCAAGGCCGCCGUUGAGUGCGAGGCUGAUGAGCUGGAAAAGGCGGGUAUUGUCGACGGCGUCAAGAACCUCUUUGGUUUCGGCAAGAAGGACAAGACUGAGGGUGAUGAGGAUUCUACUUCUGCGUCCACCGAGUCUUCUACGAGCACCUCCUCCACCACCAGCACCUCUUCUUCGGCCUCUGCGUCCGCCUCUGCCGAGACCAAGCCCGGCGAGCCCAAGAAGAAGCAACUCGUUCAAAUCAACGUUGACUUUACCCUCACCCCCACUGGCCCCACCUCCCUCCUCACCAAGGCCUCUCUCCAAUCCCUCAAGGACCGCCUUAAGUCCUUCGCCGCCUCCGACCGCACCCGCCAACUCCGCGAGGAAGCGCUUAACCAGCUCGAAGCCUACACUUACAAGAUCAGCGACAUUCUGGACCGCGAGUCUUUCAUUGCGCACUCCACCGCUUCCGAGCGUGAGACUCUCCAGCAAAAGAAGGACGAGGCCAGCGAUUGGCUCUACGGCGACGGCGCCGAUGCCACUCGCGAGGAAUUCAAGGCCAAGCUCAAGGAGCUCCAAAACAUUGUCGAUCCUGUCCUCAAGAGGGCGGAGGAAGCUGAGAAGAGGCCUGAAAUUCUCAAGGGGCUGCAGGAUGCUCUCCACAACACAAAGAAAUUUGUCAAGGACAUCAGGGAGAAGAUUUCUGCGUACGAUGCCUUCCAUGCUUCUGCCUCUGCUAGCGCCUCUGCUUCGACGUCUAUCGCUUCCUCCUCUUCUACCACAGCCCCGGCUUCUUCCGCUACCGGCGAUUUCGACGGCCUAGAAGACGAUGCCUCCACCACCGCCACCGCCGAAGACCCCAUGAAGUUUUUGGAGAAGGACCUCGGUCCCGUUCCCCCUCUUUAUACACUCGAAGACCUCAAGGAAUCCGAGGAUCUGUAUACUUCCAUCUCUACCUGGUUGGAGCUGAAGGUGGCAGAGCAGGAGAAGUUGGGACCCACUGAUGACCCGGUGUUGACGGUCAAGGACCUGCUGGAGAGGAGGGAGAAGUUGGAUAAGGCAGGAAUGGCGUUGGCGAUGAAGGGGGUGAAGAACUUUGAGAAGACGCAGACGAAGGGCAAGGGCGGGAAGACGAAUGGAAAGGCCAAGGCGGGCAAGAAGAAUGGCAAGGCCACCAAGGCGGGUGAAAAGCCGGCCAAGGAAACGGUCAGUGAUGAGGAGAUCGAGGAGAUAUUGAGGAAGGUUAUGGCGGACGAAAAGGCCAAGGAGGAGGCCAAGGCUCAGAAGGGGGAGAAGGGGAGCAAGGAGGAGCCGAUUAAGCAUGAGGAGCUUUAAAAGGAGGUCUGAUGCAGGUGUGCGUGUUUUAGCAGCAAAGCGUGUUCUGCCGUUACAAAACCAUAGAUUUAUCGGCCUGGUUAUAGGGAUUGCAAUGUUGGCGUCAAUCUGUACCUAGAUAUCUACAGACAGAUGUUACAAACUGAGUUACUGCUUUCCAGGUGGCACUUUCCACUGC